AUGGAGCCCACGGCCGCCACCACGCUCACGGGGCGCUCGCGGCUCCUGCGCCCGCUGUUUCUCCUGCGGCUGCUGCGCGGGAUCACGGCGGCGCCGGCCGGGUGGGUCGCGGGCGCGACGCGCGGCGGAGCGGAGACCGACGCUCUCUUGCUUUCCUACAAUUUCUCCAUCACAUCUCAGGCCAGGCCCGGACAACCGUGGUGUGAGAUUCAAGGCCAGGUCAAUGGAAACGAGUUUCUUUAUUAUGCCUGUGGGAGCAGGUGGGUCAUACCCAUUGGUCCUUGGGGGAUGAAGCUGAAGGACACAGCAUUUUGGGACACACAGAUGGAUCCUCUGGAAGACCUGGGGGAAGAGCUCAGAAAGAAACUGCUGGACAUCAAAGCAGAGUUUGUCACUGAGAGCGAUUCUCUCACCCUGCAGGGCUGGCUCAUGUGUGAGCGUGGGGCCGACGGACACAGCAGAGGAUCCUGGCGGUUUGUCUUCAAUGAGCAGUUUACCUGCCUCUUUGACCCGGAGAAAAGAAAGUGGAUACAGUUUCCUCCUGGAGGCCAACAGGUUAAGGACAUGUUGGACGGUGACAGAGAGCUGACCGAGCUCCUCAUGAAGAUCGCAAAUGGAGACUGUAAGAGAUGGCUCCAGAAACUGCGGGAGCACAGCCAUGAGACGCAGGAGACCACAGGAGCACCGGCCACAACCCUGCAUGUACCUCUGGUCAAAAGCGCAGCCGUCAGGCCGAUCACUUCCGUCCUCCUUGUGGUCCUCACGCACUUAAUCCUCCUUGUUGUCCAAGGUAUAGUCCUUUGAGUAACAGAGGCUGAAGUUGCUACAAGAAGGCCUGAGGAUCUGCUCUCCUGCACCCGCUCUCCCUUCUG